GUUUGUCUGGAUUGAUGGACGGAUGGGGGUCCUCUUUCUCGUGCUAAAAGGGGGCGAACCGCUAACGGACCAAAAGCCAGUCGACCUUUUUCAAAUCAAGUCUUACGUACAUGACAAAUGCCACCUUGAGCAGUGGGAAUCCAUGUUUGCCCGCUGGCUGGCCGGAUAUAUCCAAACCCCUUUGUGCGAGAGAGCUAGAUAGCACCUCUCGUCCACCAAGGCAGGAGGACGAGACUUGUACAUAUCUCUCAUCUCCUGCUCACUCAGUCCCAACAGAGCCCUUCCUGGUUUCCAAAUUUCGACACCUGACCCUUGGCUUCAGUCUGUAACUGGACACGGAGAAGAAAUCAGAAUCAAGCAUCAUCACCAUCCUCGUCGUCGUCGUCUCGACCUUGACUAGCAAUCCAACAAACAAGUAAGUAAUUGGAAGUGGUGUGGGAUCGAGAGACGAGAAGAUGGAGACGAGGCAACGGUGGCCAGCACUGCAUCAACAGUGUAAUAUGAUGGUGAUGAUGCAGCAGCAGCAGCACAGCGAGCGAGAGAGAGCGAGAGAGAGGGGCGGUAGGGGACGGUAGGGGAAGUAUUGGGGCGUACGGAAUGGAGAUGGAGCCCAGGCCAUGCCGUGGCUUUCCAGGGGAGGGGAGCCAAUGGCCGGCGUGCGUCAUCCAUGUCCCAUGGAGCAGAGCAAAGUGCACCCGCGCACAGUGGGGGCUACGAUCGGCCGCGCGGGGCGGGGCGAGGCGCCUCGAGGCGGUCAGGUGAGCGACGAGCGCCCGCUCCACGACAAAAGUUGGAGUCACGAGUCGGAGCGGCGACGUGUUCCGUGGGGCCCACCUCCCUCGCCCUCGCCUUCACCUCGCCCACGUCGCCUGUGUCCGCCACAUCAUCAUCGUCGUCGUCGUCCCUCGUCUCUCUGUCCGCGGAUGGAUGGAUAGACAGAUGGAUGGACGGACGGACGGGGUCAGCUGGAGGAGGUGCCUCUCGGGGACGGCCGGUACCCUGGGCAGACGGAGGAGAAGGACGGGUAGCAGCAGCAGAAGGAGGCGGAUGGGGAGGGGGAGGAGGAGGAGGAGGAGAUGACGAUGGUCAUGGUGAUCGUUAUCUGCUGGCUCGGCUUCGCGAUAAGGUCAGGGUCGAGUUGGGGAUUCCUGCGAAGCGGCGACCUCGGACGAACUUUUUCCUUAGGGCCCAUUGGCUUUUGUCGUCGAUGACGAGAUUUGUUUCCGAGCACUUUCCAGCUCCGCUCGGUGGCCGAGAAACGAAGAAGAAGAAGAAGAAAGUGUCCUCGUCCGUCCAUGAGCUGAGCCGAGCUCGGUACCAAACCAGGUACGAAUAAGAAUCAGAGCUUUGUUUCUUUCGAUGGUUCGUUGUCCUGAAGACUUUGGUUUUCCAUUUGCCGAGGUGUCGUCUGUGAUGAGAUGAGAUGAGAGAGACUCGGGGCCAAGUGGACAACGAAGAAGGUAUGAUGAUUGAAGACCAGGAGGACGCCCCCAUCGAGCGCGCGCUACGAGGAUGAGGAGCCCCAACAGGAAACAGAGACUAGGCCCCUAUGGAGUAUAUAUCCCACUGGGAAGAGAGGAGACGAGAUGAGAUAGUUGAUGGAAAGGCAGACGCACGUGCAUCGACAAUUGGAAGUUGGUCAGGCCCUAUACUGUAGUGAGAAGUGAUCACUCCUGUCAUCCAACAAAGUUUUGAUUGUCAUCGAUGGCGUUGGCUCUAUGUCGCAAUUACCUGUCGCAAUCAGCCAAGACGGGGUCGUAUGCAAUCCGGUCUGAGGUCGCUUCCUUUCCUUCGGAUUCGUUGCCUUGCAAGGUUUCCUCCACAUCAACCACUCUUAUUUUCUCCCACACCAUUCGGCCCGAGAAACUGAACGCCUUUACUUGUUAUGUUAUCUAUUUCUUAGAUAAGGCGCACUUUUGCACUUUUGCACUUCUGUGCACAUCCUUUCUGAGCCAGACAGACUCUGGAAUGAGAAUCAAGCCAUCCAGCUUUACAAUGAGAACGAAGUCAGAUUUAAACCCAUCUAGAACCUGCUGAUGAAUUCCUAUUUAUCCUCCGCGAACGACGUCAGUGAACACCCACGUUAAUUCCUACCGAGGGCUAAGUUGACAGCCCAGUGUAACAUACACAACAAAGUGAUGGGAACGUUACCACUCACAUGAUAGUAGUGUCGAACCGAACGUGAAACACGGAGAUGCUCCUUGUAUCAGUGAUGCACAAGUCCCUAAUGUGUAAGUGUCUUGACUCCAUAGUACAUUUGCGGUGUUUCCUCAAUACGCUGUAUUCAUGGGACCUCCAUCACACUCAUGCUUACAAGUUCGAGUCUGAUGUCACAAAGAAUGAAGCCAAUUUUGUAAACCGUAUCAUCACGUUGACCAUGUGACUGACACUACGUUCGCUAAGGGUGUCAAGGUCCCACAGUCUUGUUUGGUGACGCCAAGAUACUCUCAACGUGAUCGACCAGAAAGGUAA